UAGAAAAACUAACACGUCAUAUGGUAGAGGAACCUGUCCUCCCUUUGGUAGAAAAACCAACACGUCAUAUGGUAGAGGAACCUGUCCUCCCUUUGGUAGAAAAACCAACACGUCAUAUGGUAGAGGAACCUGUCCUCCCUUUGGUAGAAAAACCAACACGUCAUAUGCUCUUUGAAUCAAAGAGAAGGUUCAAGAGUGGCCAUUUGUCCUUUUUUUUACCAAAAAGGGAAAAUUGUGGGCUGAAGGGGACAUUGCCCACACAGUGCUGGAGAGUGAUGUCAAAGGGACAAUUGACCCACCUGACAUUACAGUUCGUGGGUCACGGAUUUAUUACGUGUUUAAUGGUUUGUGACAGAUGAAGAGAAAUGAGAAAUUUCUUGAAGAAAUGAAUAAAUGAUUAAACAAU